CAGGACACCACAGUUAGUCACAUUCAGACUGAAGGAUUGCAAGCAACAACAAGACUCCCUCUCUGAUUUUGCAAAGAGAAGUGAGUGUACAGCAGAUUAGAUUAACGUGCAGAACAGAAAAUCUACAGUCAGCGACUCAUUUAACAUAGAGAAAUAAAUUCUUCAAGUGCAGUGGAUACAACUCAUCAGCAAAAUGCAAGCUGUUGCUCAGUGUUCAGUGUGCACCAGCCGGGCUGCUGGAGGACUUCUGCGAAAUAAAGCCGACUUUGUAUUGCUGCAGACCAACAAGAGUGCUCUCAGGAAAGGAGCAGCCUGCAUCCGUCUCCUAAGCAGUUCUGAGAGUGUGCUAUUCAGUAAAAGGGAACCUGGAGUCCACAUAUUGGGACAGAUACGGACAGAUACUGCACACAGAGGGCCUUCAAGUCUUGGACAUGGGCUUGCUGUUCCUUUCACACAGCAAAUUGAAAACCUCUCUCACGACUCCCUGAUCAGAAGGGCAGCCUCUGUGGUUACAGACAGUUCCGGUACUUUGCUGUCCCAGACCUCAUUGGCUCUCGUAAAUGCCCUUACAGAUUAUUCAAAGGCUGUACACACACGCAUUGCUGUCCAAAGACGGUAUUUAGCUUCACUGGGAAAACUGACCACAUCAGAGGAGGAAUCGUUUCUGGCAGCGAUCAAUAGCCAGCGUGCAGAGGCAAGUGACAGGCUACAGGAGUGCAAACGCUUUGAGACAAACUGGAUCAAUUCUGUCAAUUUGUGCGAAAUGUCAGCCGAGGCAGCAUACUCUUCAGGAGCCGAUCAGGCCUCCAUCACAGUGAGGGCAAGCAUUCAGGUGGCCCAGUCGCAGGUGGGGGAAGCUCGGAAACUGGCAGCGACUGCAGAUAAGAAGUUGGCCGAGACUAAAGCAGAAGAGAUCCAAAGGAUGGCAGAAUAUGUUGCCUUUCUAGACGGAGAGGAGCAUGAGGUGCAUGAGGCUUAUCUACGAGAGGACUAAGAUAAAAAGACAGAGAUUCUGGAAAUCUUCUCACCUUAAAAGAGCUCUCUUUGAUUGAUCAUGUCUCUAUUUAUUUUUGAGCCUGUAAGAUCUCUAUCUGUUUGCAUUUACCAAAAGAAGAUCAACAUUUAACAAACUGAAUGAAAUAAGUGUCUUCUAUUUGUAAUUCUUUAAUAUUGCAUUAAUCAUUUUGUAAGACUAUUUAUUGGUUAAGUUAAUUUUAGCAGCUCUUUUGUGAUCAGUGAUUAAAUAAUGAUUCAAUUCUUCAGUAUGUAUUGGCUGGAGUGCGGGUAUGGAGUGCGGGCUUAUCCGACUUUGGAUUACAUUGUUGUUUAUUGUAUAUUUAUUCUAUUUUAAAGCUGUCUUUUCCACUAUUGUAUUUCUCCCUGUUCAUGUAAUAGAACAAUUGAAAUAAAUCUUUGAGUAUUUGACUUAA